AUGGUUACAAAUCUCUACCGCGUACUGAGACAAGCUGCCGUUAAUAGUGAAUCGUCAUGGAUAUUGCUAAGAACCUUCAAUUCAUGGUCUUUUGCUAUUAAAAAUGCAAAAUCACCUCAACGAGCCUUGACACUCUAUGCCCAGAUGCAGCGCCAAGCCAUUCCUUUCGACAGUUUCGCCAUUCUUUUCACUCUUAAAUCUUGCACCCAUUUGGGCAACCUUCCCCUCAUAUGCCACCUCCAUGCCCAUCUUCUCAAAUUAGGCUUUAAUAUACACGUCUAUGUUGCCACAUCUCUCUUAAAUGCCUACAUAGGGACUUCGUUUCAGUAUGCUUGCAAGCUGUUCGAUGAAAUUCCUGUGAGAAAUACUGUCACGUGGAACACGAUGAUAACUUGUUUUUCUCGAUCUGGGGAUGUUAAAAAAGCAAGGGAAAUGUUUGAUGAAAUGCCUAUGAGAGACCUAGCUUCGUGGUCGGCGAUGAUUGCUGGAUACAUGAAUAAUGGGCAGUGGGAGGAAGGGGUGACGCUCUUCCGGGAAAUGGUGAUUUUUGAGCAGCUAAAGCCUGAUCAAGUGACUAUUGGGCCAAUAUUGGCGGGGUGUUCGGAGAUGGGUUCAAUUGGGUUGUUUCUUGGGAAAUCAGUGCAUGGUUUUGCGGUAAAGAAUAACUGGGAAUUGAAUGUGGAGCUUGGUACUUGUUUAGUAGACAUGUAUGCUAAAUGUGGAUUCUUGAAUUUUGCUUCUCUGGUUUUUGAUAUGAUGAAAGAUAGAAAUGUGGUAACUUGGACUGCUUUAAUUUGUGGAGCAGCAAAACAUGGUUUCGGAACUGAAGCGUUGGAGAUAUUCAAGAAAAUGAGACAAGGGGGUGUGGUACCAAAUGAGUUUACUUUCACUGGGGUACUUAGUGCUUGUGUACAAACAGGGCUGGUCGAUGAAGGUCGUGGAUACUUCAAAAUGAUCAAAGAGUGUGGACUGAGACCAACAAUUCAGCAUUAUGGCUGCAUGGUUGAUUUAUUUGGGAAAGCUGGAUUGUUAAGGGAAGCAUAUGAAGUGAUCAAUACAAUGCCACGAGAGCCUAACGUAGUUAUUUGGGGUUCUUUUUUGUCAUCUUGCAAGUUGCAUAAACAGUUUGAGAUGGCGGAAAGAGUGAUUGAGAGGGUCAUGAAUGUGGUGAGGCCAGAGAAUGAUGGAGGGGUUUAUACCCUUAUCUCAGACUUGUAUGUUCUUGGUGAUAAAUGGGAGGAUGCCGAGAGGGUGAGGCAAUUGAUGCUCCAUCAAAAUGUGAGGAAAGCUAGAGGAUGUAGUUUCAUAAGAAAUAAUACAACAUGA